GACCUGAGGCCUGGGGACCAGGGAAGCUCAGUCCCGGGCCCAGACUGGGCGCCUUGCUCAGAACUUGGUGCUUGGCUCUUCUUUCUCGGUUGUCACACUCCUCAUUGCCAGGUCCUGUCCUAUAGGGCCAGCCUGUUGUGGUUCUACUUGAGAAGCACAGGGCCCCCCAGCGCCUCCGCAGCCUGUGACACCCAGGUCAGCUUUUUCAGGCUGUCGGGGUCCGGGCAGAGGCGGGGCGCGCCGUGCGUUGCGUUUCCGGGAGGAGCGGCCAGUCUGCGGCAGGUGCGGCGGUGCGGCUCGCAGCACCCACUAGAGCCAAGAUUUGCUCCUAUGGCCAGCCCUGGGCAGCCUGCGCCUGGGGAGGGCCAGCAGGAAGAGGAGACAGAGGGAGUCUCAGCAGGGCAUCGUGCGGAAGUGCUGCGGCAGGCCCAGGAGCUCUUUCUGCUGUGUGACAAGGAUGCUAAGGGCUUCAUCACUAGGCGGGACUUACAGGGCCUACAGAGUGAUCUGCCCCUUACGCCUGAGCAGUUGGAGGCUGUGUUUGAAAGUCUGGACCAGGCCCACACUGGCUUCCUCACAGCCCGGGAGUUCUGCCUAGGCCUGGGGAAGUUUGUGGGGGUAGAGUGGGCCCAAAGUGGGUCCUUGAGGACGCCUGAGGAAACCUUUGAGUCAAGCACAGGGGGCUCUCUGGAAGAGGACGACGAUGUUGAGACAUUCUGCACUUCUUUAGAGAAGCUGGGAGUGGCCCGGGUUCUGGGCGAGCAAUGGGCGGUGAGGACACUCUGGGUCGGGCUGCAGCGCGAGCGACCGGAGCUCCUGGGCUCCCUGGAGGAAGUUCUGAUGCGCGCGUCGGCCUGCCUGGAGGCGGCGGCCCGGGAGCGCGACGGUUUGGAGCAGGCGCUGCGGCGGCGGGAGAGUGAGCACGAGAGAGAGGUGCGCGGACUCUACGAAGAGCUGGAGCAGCAGCUGGGGGAGCAGCGACACCGCGGCCAGAGCCAGAAACUAGCCCGGGAGGAACAGAGGGGCCACCUGGAAUUGGAGCUGCAGACCCGCGAGCAGGAGCUGGAGCGCGCAGGCCUGCGGCAGCGGGAGCUGGAACAGCAGCUUCAGGCUCGGACUGCGGAGCAGCUAGAGGCACAGGCCCAGCACACCCAGCUGCGUAGGGCCUAUGAGGCCGUGCGGGCACAGCUGGAUCAGGCGCAAGAGCAGCUCAGCCGACUGGAGGGCGAAGCGCAGGGUCGUCAGGAGCAAACCCAAAGAGAUGUGGUUGCUGUCUCCAGGAACAUGCAGAAGGAGAAACUCAGCCUCCUAAGGCAGCUGGAGCUGCUGAGGGAGCUAAACCUGCGGCUUCGGGAUGAGAGAGAUGCCUGUGAGACUAAGCUGCUGGGCAGCAGUCACAGGAAGGCUCUAGCUAUUGCCCACAAGCCUGGGCCCACCUACUGCUGCUGCUGCUGUGGCUGGGCUCGGCCCCCCAGAAGAGGUUCUGGCCAUCUUCCUAGUGCACGAUGACCAGCCCCAAAUGACUCACUGGGACUUUCUUAUGACCAGCCGGUUAUGUGUGGUGGUUGUCUGCUAAGUAUGUGGCCGGAAGGCAUCACCUGCCUGAAGGAGCUACCCUCUGAGUGGUCAAGGCCUUCCGUCUCCAUCCUGUCUUCAUCUCUGUUUAGCGGACCAAUAAAGGCCACUGACCACUGUG